AUGGGAGUAUUUUUUCCUGACCUGACUCAAACUACCGUGACUCCUCUAUCUUUAACAUUCGCCCCAUCCUCGUUUGUACCCACUCAAGAAGGUCCCAACUCAAUCCAUGAAGCUGGUGGAUUAAAAACGGAAGCAGCACCGUUCCUUCCACUCGAUCGUAAGGCAAAGGAAAACCCGAACAUCAUCGUUGACUCUCCUCUCUGGCCAUCUCCUUUCCUCAUUAGGCAUUAUGUACUGAUCCUGACAUUGAACCGCUGA